CUCCUCUUCUUCUUCUGACGCGCAUGCGCAUCACUUUAUAUAGCGAGUCUAAUCUACGCUCGUGAGAGGAAAGACUGCACGGAAAGAACAAUGGGCGUAGAAGUCGAAACCAUUCAACAUGGAGACGGAAAGUCCUUCCCGCGGAAGGGACAGACUGUUUCCGUCCACUACGUUGGCACGCUGACAAAUGGAAAAAAGUUUGACUCCUCUCGGGACCGAGGAGAGCCCUUCAAAUUCAGCAUUGGACGUGGUGAAGUCAUUCGUGCUUGGGAUGAGGGUGUAGCUCAGAUGAGCAUUGGCCAGAGGGCCAGGUUGACCUGCUCACCGGACUACGCGUAUGGUGCUGCAGGAUACCCACCUGUCAUUCCAGGAAACUCCACUCUCAUCUUUGAUGUGGAGCUGCUGGGUUUUUCUUGAAGUUGAAGCUCUUCACAGUUUCUCAUGCCAUCAACAUCUGACACAAAUAACUGUUUAUUUAAAGGUGCCGUCAGCAGCGUUUAUAUACAUGAAUAAUCCACUGUAAAAAAUAAUUCUGAUAUCUUGGGAUGAUUGAGACACAUUUGACACACAGCUAAUGGUAGUGCUAAGAUGACACCGGGAUCUAAAAACACAUGGAAAUGGUGCAAGUUAUUUCUUCCAGGAUUCAUGUGGCCUCAAUUUCUACGUUUGUCUGAGAAAUCAUGGAUAUAAUUUGAAUAAUUAGAAAGACUGAUGUGCUUGUGUUUUUAAAACAAUCCAACAGACCGAUGACCUAAUCUGAACCAUACACUAAAUGUGCACAUAAUAAAUAAUUAGUUAUGUCUAUUUAUUCCAGUGUCCCAAAAAUAGUGCGGAAAUGAUUAUUGUCAAAAAUGUGGAUAAAACACCUUUUUAAUGAAGAGCUUAUUUGUUUUGGUUUUGUUCUUGCAUUCAUGUAUCCCUUCAACAGAUGCAUUGGGUUGAUGGCUUGGAACUUUGAUACAAUGUAAAGAAUGGCUUUCAGACAAUAACGUCUUAUGAUUAUCAUUUUCACUCCGACAUGUAUUGCCUUUUAUCGUAUAGAUUUUGAAUCCUGACUUAAACUUUGUUCUUGUCAUUUCAACAAGUUAAAGGCCUCAAGUGUCCUUGUGUUAUGUCAUGCUUAAUGGGUUUGUUGGUAAUGUUUUACUUGAGUCAUUAAUUAGAACAGGUCUUUUCCAUGGGUAUUGCAUUGGUGCAUUAAAAUCAUCAAGUAUACAAUA